AUGCCAGACUUGGCAGGAAAAGUCGUUAUCGUAACCGGUGGCUCGUCGGGGAUAGGAAAAGAGAUUGUCAAGUAUAUCUUGCCGCUAGGAAUCAGAAAAGACGGCAAACGUUAUCAACUGGCGGAGGCCACUGGAAGAACAGCCAUUUUCUUGGACCUGGAUCUUGGAGACCUGAAAUCUGUCAAGGCUGCUGCUGAGAAGUUCCUUUCGUAUGAACGAGAAGAGUCGAUAUCUUAUUCAAUAAUGGGUAGGACUAUGAUUGACGCGCUGGCUAUCGUCUGCUCAUCAGUAUCGCGUGCUACGAUUAUCAUUUUGGCGUUAAUGUCCUCGGUGCCGCUGCCAGCAUUACUUUCAACAAAAGGCAUGGCCCGGGUAGUCACCGCCUCGUCUUCGGCUAUUUAUGCGCCUAUAGGGAGCAAGAUCCUGUUUGAAACGCAAGUCCCCAUCGUAUCUGUACUUUCAAAGCAAAGUGUGGUUCUUGCUCAUAUGACCCGCAAGUGGGGUGCAUGGACGUCGUUAUGGGCUGGCACGAGCCCAGAAUACGAAGAUGCGAACGGGAAAGAGGGUGCGAUGACCAAGCUAACUCGAGGUCCGGAAUUCAGAGAUUAUGGACGUGGAUGGAAGAACAGGUAA